AUGUUCGAAGUGAACUUUCUGUCCCGGGCAGACGUGAUCAUCACCCUUGGAAACGGCGUAAUCGCAGAGAUGGGAAGUUUUGAAGAUUGCAAGAACACAGAAGGCUAUGUCAGAAGCCUCCUUACAUCUGUAUCCGAUGAUAAAGCCGGAGACGAAAUUCAGGCAGAUGAGGCUGCUGAUGAAACUGCUUAUAAAGUCCCGGCAGAGAAGAAGGCCAAGGUGGUUCAAGAGCAGAAAGACAAGCGGCGACAGUUGGGCGACUGGAGCGUCUAUGGCUACUAUUUCGGCAGCGUUGGAAGUGUUUUCGUCGUCAUCAUGCUUUUCCUCGAGGUGACUUGGGCGUUCUUUUCGACUUUCCCGACUAUUUGGCUGAAGUUCUGGACGGACGCCAAUGCCGAGGCUCCAGGCCAACGCGACGCCUACUACCUCGGCAUCUAUGCUGCUUUACAGGUCGGGGGUGUCUUCAGCUUUGCCGUUCUUAUAUGGUUCGUGCUUGUUCCGAUCGCUGCGAAGUCCGGAGUCAACCUGCAUCAGAGACUCCUCAAAGCCGUUAUGCACGAGCCUAUCUCCGCACCUCCCGUCAACUCCGUCUCCUGGACCUCGAAGAGAAAGCCCCAGUCUAGCCUGCGGACCCUCCGCGCCCACGCCCUCACCAAUCCCUCCAUCAGGCACUCCUACACCCUCAUCGACCGUUCCCAGCGGCCCUUCUACAUCCUCCUCCUCACCCAGCAAUGGCUAACCCUCGUCCUCGACCUCACGACCGCCGCCCUCGCCGUCCUGGUUGUCGGUCUCGCCGUCCGCCUGCGCGCCACGGUGUCCGUCGGCCUCACGGGCGUCUCUCUCGUCCAGCUCAUCUCCUUCACCGAGACACUCAAAAUGCUCAUCCAGUUCUGGACCGCGCUCGAGACCUCCAUCGGAGCCGUCGCGCGCAUCAAAAACUUUUCCGAGGAGACGCCCGACGAGGUCGAGGACGAUGCUCUGAGGAGGGGACUGGUGAGCCUUCCCGAAGGGCGGGAACGGGUGUCAGAGACAGACCUAAACGGUUGGCCUGACAGUGGCGCCAUCGAGCUCCGUGAUGUUUCUGCUUCAUACGACGUGCCUGACCAGAACGACAACGACGACCAAGCCACGAAGAUGAAAGCUCUGGACGGAAUCUCCCUUUCCAUCCGCCCCGGCGAGAAGAUUGGCAUCCGGCAAGUCCUCUCUCCUCCUCGCCCUCCUGCGCCUCCUGCCCUGUCUUCCGGCACAAUCCUCAUCGACAGGCUGCCCCUGCAUUCUCUUCCGUUGCUGCCCCUGCGGUCGGCCCUCAUCGCCAUCACCCAGGACCAGUUCGUCCUCCCCGGGACGGUGCGCCAGAACCUUGACCCCCUCGGCACCGUCUCCGCGGACGACGCCGUCGUCGAGUCGGCGCUCGUGCGUCUCGGGCUUUGGGACGCAAUCCGCGAGAACGGCGGGCUGGACACCGAGUUCAAGGAGGAGACGCUGAGCCACGGGCAGAGGCAGCUCUUCUUCCUCGCCAGGGCGAUCCUGAGGAAGGACGUAGGACGGGUGGUCCUUCUGGACGAGGCGACGAGCAGGUACGUUUCCGUCCCCCCACCCCUUUCCAAAGACAGCAGUGUACCUAACGCAAAAACUAGCGUCGACGCACACACCGAGCGGACGGUCAAAGACCUCAUUCGCAAGGAGUUCAAGGACCACACCGUCAUCGCCAUUGCUCAUCGCCUGGAGACGGUCAUCGACUUUGAUCGCGUCGUGGUGCUGGACAAGGGCCGCGUUGUCGAGGUCGGGAACCCCAGGAUCUCUUGCUACAGGCGGGCGGAAGGUUUAGGGAUCUCUGGAACGCGAGCCAGCAAAGCGGAAGCCACGAUGCUUAGUCCCAAAGGGAGAACCCUCGCUCAUCUACGGAAGACUGUGCUCAGCUCGGAUCGGGGUUUCAACUUGUUUUCCUUUGUGGCAUACGUGACUAUCUGUCAUCUAGCUUAUAAAGUGCAACCGCGCAUUAUCUACGGGAUCGCUAUCCACAUUGAUGAACCUGCCUUUCCCAGCUCUUUGCGCCACAAUGUAUUUUUCAACCGACUUGGCCAUCUCGGCCGUCUCGCGAUAACGCUCGGAAUCCGCAAUCGGCGUGUCCUCGCUCACGUCAUACCCGUACCUCAGUUUCAGUGUCAAGACCUUGCCCCAAGGCCCCGUCCAGUCGACUUUAUCGCCGUCGACAUUGGCCAUGAGCGCCUUGAACCACGCCCCGCAGCCCGUGAGAUCGAGAUACUCGAGCCCGUAGAGGCACUUGCUCAGCUUCCUCAGCAGGAUGACGGCCUCGGACCAGUCAUCGUCGAGGAGUACUGCUCCGUCCUACCCUCGGGCGAGACGAUAGUGGAGAACUUGGCGUUGGGCGUCAACGACGGCUCGGGCCAGUACGCUAGACUCAGGUGCCUUAGCGGCGAGCGCGAGGAGGUGCUUCCACGACACGCCGGGCCCACCGCCCUGCUGGUAGACGCUCGGCGUGACGGCGAGGCAGAGCUUCUGCGGGAAGAGAACAUCCGACAGCUCCCUGACGGACAUGGAGUGGCCCACCGAGCCCGUCAGGUCGAGGAAGUAGAUGUUGCUGUUCAGGGACACGAGCGCAUCGACCUCGACCUGGUGCUGCUGGUGCUCGCUGUCACCCUCGUGCUCCGAAGGAGGAGGAGGGGGAGGGACCAGGAUGUUGCGCAGGUCCGCGGGGGACGCGCCGCCCUCGUACCAGACGCCAACGUACUUUGCCAACGAGGCCCUGACUCGGCUGGGCAACGUGUGCAGGUAGUACUGGUCAUAAUCGCUCUGGACCUCCCAGUUCAGGGCCAUCCUGCGCAAGACAAUGUCCAUCAGGCUGCCUUUGUCCGGCUCGUACGUCCCCGGCAGGCCCUGGAUGGCCUGGGCGCCGCGCAGGGCGGCGGUCGCGUGUGCGUGCUUGACAUGGCUGGACGAUCGCGACAGCCAGCUGCGUGGAGGGGGCGGGCCCGGUGGUACUCUCCUGCCUGA